AUGGAGCCGGGUCACCCUCGCCAGCCCCGGGCCGGGCCCUGCGCAAAGGACCCGGGCGGGAACGACCCGUCUCACAGGUUCGAUCGUUGGUUGUCCUGCAGCCUGCGGCCAGCGGUGCCGAGGGUGGGGGAAGGGAGUGCGAACAGGUACUUGCCCGACCACCACUGGGCUGCCUCAGGCCGCGCCACCAGGUCCAGGACCGGAGCAGUCCGGGGAUGGGCUGGGCUGAACGCCCCCUCGGCAGAAGCUGUCUCGGUCCAGUCCGGUUCCCCUUCCCGCCCACGCUCUCCUCCACUUGCCUGGGGGCGGGGGGAAGGGGCGCCGGGAGGGUCUCCUCCACCUCCUCUUUCUCUCCACUGUUGCUGCGGCCGCGGGGCGGUCGGGUCCGGGAGAGCGGCCGAGGCGCUGGCGGACAGCUCUAGGCGGCCCCCGCCCUGGGGCUGGGAUUUCCCAGAACUCAGCAGCGGCCGCCCCGGGGCGAGCGGGCUGGCGGGCGGGCUGGCGGGGGAGGGCCCGCCCCGGGCGGAGCGAAGCGAGGGGCCCCUGGGCAGCCCGGGCUCAGUGACCUCCGAGCCCCGGCCACGCCCACCUGGCCCCAACUCCGCGGGGGAACCCCCGCAGAGAAAUCCCCCUCCUUCCCCUCCUCUGCCUGCCGGGAUUGGAGCAAAAAAGAGCUGGGGGUCUCGACAGCCGCCCCCUUCUCCCUGUCGCCCCCCCUCCCCGCAGCUCCUGGAGCCUAGUCUGCAUCCCUUCUAA